AACGCCGCAUGUUCCUUUGUGCUAAAAGCGUCGGAAGUUUGAGGUCUGCUCGCUCAGCUGAUCGUGGUUUAUGCGUUGUUGAUAGAGGUUACUGUCGAACGUUUCUGGCCAAUACUUGAACACCAUUAUGUGCAUUACCGGUUAUCAGAUAUCUAUGUAGUCAUCGCAUUGCAGUAGAUAAAGACACAUUCCUCGAAAUUGGAACUCUAGUCAGGCCACACGCAAAAGAAAUCGCUGUCCCUCGUGGAAUGCAAAAGGAAUGUGACGUGCGUGGGAGUUCUAUUCACAUAUUUGCCGGUUUCAUUUUUUCUCGGCCGGCAUUGAAUACGUAAUCUCUCAACCUCGCCGUAAACCAUGUGACAACGUGGUCCAGUGCAAAACUUUCUGACAAGGUCGCCAAUAACAGCUGGCUGGGAGAAAAAAUUUAUUUAUUUUACAGAAACAUGACUACUCUCUCCCAGCCAAAUAGCAAUGGUGCUAACAGCAUGGUAGGAUCACAUAGACAUCCGACAUCACUACGAGGUCAGCCUAAUGGUGACGGAGGGGAUCCAGAUGGCUGGAGUCUUUCAAAUUAUGAGAUGGUCGCAGAAAUUGGCGUUGGAGCGUAUGGCAUAGUCUACAGAGCACGAGACUUGGAGAAUAACGGAAGGUUCGUGGCUUUGAAGUGUUUAAGAGUACAAAAUACAGAAGAAGGAAUGCCGCUAAGUACAGUACGUGAGAUUGCUCUGCUCAAACAACUUGACUCUUACGAACAUCCGAAUAUUGUAAGGCUCCUUGACAUAUGUAUUGGUGGUCGGACAUCUCGUGAAACAAGAUUGACAUUGGUAUUUGAAUAUAUUGAGCAAGACUUGGAUACUUACCUCAAGAAAGCACCACAAGCUGGACUUGCACCUGAAGUUAUCAGGGAUAUCAUGCGACAGUUAUUACAAGGAGUAGAUUUCCUACAUUCAAACAGGGUCAUUCACAGAGAUUUGAAGCCACAGAACAUUCUUAUUACCAGAGAUAACAAGAUUAAACUGGCGGACUUCGGACUAGCUCGAGUUUACAGCUUUGAUAUGGCACUAACUGCUGUGGUUGUGACACUGUGGUAUCGUGCACCAGAAGUAUUGCUGCAGGACAGCUAUGCUACACCAGUCGAUUUAUGGAGCAUUGGCUGCAUUUUUGCUGAAUUAUAUAAAAGAGAUCCUCUAUUCUGUGGAACUGGUGACAUUCAUCAACUCAACAAAAUAUUUGACUUUAUUGGUCUUCCAUCUGAAGCUGAUUGGCCGUCGGAUGUGGCAUUACCACUUACUUCUUUCCGACAUCGAAUGCCUGUUCCUCCACAAUGUAUGGUACCUGAAAUUGAAGGAUUGGCAUCUGAUCUUUUGCUGAAAUUACUAGAAUUCAAACCAGACAAACGUAUAACAGCAGCUGAUGCUUUGGAACAACUGUAUUUUAAGGAGGAAUUCCAUCCCCAUCAUAUUUCCAACAUACGACAACAACCUGCUAGAUUGCUACCAUCUGAUCUUUACACGACGAGACAUCCAUUUGCUGAAAUUUUACCAACGUAUGGUUUACCGGGAUCUUCAAGAACCACCACGUCUGUAUUUCAUCCGACAUCUUCAAACUCCAGUAAACCGUUUCACAGACUACCAUACACGAAUCGUAUGACUGAAUCUAGUUCGUCAUCUAAUUCAAAUCGAUAUGUACCCAGGGUUUUGCAAGAGAAUGCUUGUUCUUCCAGCAGAGGCGUGGAUAGACCAGAUGGAUCUGGAACAAGCGGUUUUGAUACUUCACAUUCUCAGUUACACACUACGUCAAAUCUACCUCCAGAUAUAUAUGUACCUACGUCAGGUACAGAAAGACCAAUGAGUGGUGUUGCUUUUUCUUCGGAAAAUGAACCAAUGUCGAGUAAUAGCUCACAAGCAACCAGACCUAAAAGAAUUCCAUUUGCUCCUCUGGAUGUUUCAAGCGUAAGUAACGAAGAUAUGAUCGUGAAAGGGCUUUUAACUCCACCUUCUGACAUGGCGUCAUCAUCGUCCGAUUUGGUGACUUCUUCGGGCUCGUCUCGGUCCUCGUCUGUUUCUGAGGACCACGAUCAUAUCAGACUCGACACCUUUCCCAGCGCGACUGUUGACUUGCAACCUCCGCCUAUUAUCGGAAGUCAAUCAUUAUCAAAUAUUCAAAACGAAAACUCUCUUUUUCCUACCUCUUCGACAGGUAAUCAAACGUCUUUACACUGUUCAUCAUUUUUUUCCAAUAAUUCACAACAAAGUUUUAUGCUGAACGUUUCGUCAUCAUCUGAUAGUAAUGUACAGUCUUGGAUGCCUAACGUAAACCAAGAUGAACAAGUAAGUGCCUCGGAUUCACGUUUUUAUUCUGAAGAAGAACAACGUAAGUUACGAGAGGAACAUGUUAAACAAACUGAUCCUGCAUUACAAAAUGACACACCACCUGAUUCGCAAUUAUUUUACAAUGAAAAACCAUCGUCACCUCGUGAUUAGUUGAUAUUUAAUAUAGGGGGAAUGUAUACUAAAUUUGUGAUGAUUUCAAAAAUAUACUAAUUAAAAUUAGUUUUCUGUGCAUAUGUUGGUUGAAGCUUCAUGGAGUUAGCAAACAAAAUGUGUUUAAGACAUGGUUCAGGACUAUCAAUUUUUUUAUGGAUGGAGCGGGCAUACUGCCAAGGAUCAUGAUUUGCUAUUUAUUCAAUCGGAAAUUUUCAGAUUUCAAUCUACUUCAGGGCUUCAUUUUGUUUUAUUGGCUCGGAUAAAAUUUUAAAAGUUAUUCAAAUUCAGUUUAUAACACAGACAUUUUUAACCCAGACCAGUUUGGUGUAUUAAGUGACAUUUGUUUCAACUAUCUGUUAUUUUUUUCUACCCAGUAAUCGUUUAUAAUACACUUUAGAAUAAAUUUGUAUCGAAUAUGUGUAAAGUUUCACCAUUUUUUAAAACGUACAACAAAUAGGUAAUAUUGAGAUUAAUUUCAAUUCAUUUUUACAAAUGGUCAGAAGUUGGUAAUGUCAGUAAGUCUCAUUUCAAUAUCCACUGUUGUCCAUUUUAGGUAAUACAAUUUAACUUAAUCUUUUUAAAUUGCUUGUUAAAACUGCCAACUUUUUGGAUACUUGUUCUCCAUUCCUUUAAAUCACAUCUUAUUAAUGUGAAACCUUUGCGAUUUUUUGGUGCAAUAUAUUUAUAACAACGAACCUAACGAAACAAUGUUAUAUGAUGUGGAGGUGUAUAAGCGACAUAUCACAAUUUCAUAUUGCCUGAGGCACAAUUUUUUCUUUCGUUUACCAGAUGUACACUAUUGAAGGCUCAAUUCCACUUGUUUUUUAUCAGUAAAACAGAUUGUGAUGAAAUAAUGCUGUUGCAUCAUUAUCCUAAAAGUGUCUCCCGACUUAGGGGUUGCGACCCAAAACUGGGUCGCCUAAAAAUCUUCUUAAGACGCUUGUUUUUCAUCAAAAACAUUUUAUUUUUAGUAAAUGUUAUUGUUUAUUUAUAUUUGGUAUUGAAUUGUAUACAUGGAAAGUAUCACAGCGUAAGUACUUGCUCAGAAAUGCUAUUUUAACACGCUGGUAUUUCCAAAACUUGUCGAUGACAAACCAGCGCAGCUUUCUCAAUUUGAAUUCAAGUGUGUGGCUCUAUUUCGAUGAUGGUGGGUCUCAUUACUGGUUCCAAAUCUUUCACUAGUCAUAAAAUGCAAGAUGGACUAUCCUAGAGGGUUCAAUAACGUUUGUUCGAGGAACAAAAAUGUUCUUUUUUAAACUGUUUUUCUCCUAUUUUACUUAUUUUUUUUUAGUAAUCUACUUUUAAUUUUCCACUUUUUCAUGGUCCGUGAAAAACUAAUCAUAAAAAACUUGAAUAGUAAUUUUACAUGGUGCUGCCUAUUCAUCUGUCCUCUCAUUCUUUUUCUCAGGCCCGUUGUAUGCCUGUCAAUGCAAGACCCACUCACUUCUCUUUUCUGUUUGGCUAUCAUUUUAUUUAUUACUAUUGAAUUAUUAUUGCUUUUUUGGUUAUUGUAAAGGCAAUUUUCAAUAUAAAAGCAUUUUAGUGAUGCUAUUUACAUGUAAACCUAAUGUAUUGUGAAAAUAAAGAAAUUUUUGAUAUCAAAAAUUUUAUUCAUGCCAUUUCAAUGAUUAUCGUAGUUAUAAAAUUUGAUUGUUUUCAACAACUUUUGGCGUAUUUUCACCCUGAAAUAUCUUUUUAUUGUUGAAUUAAAUUAUAAAGACUGCUUCAUCCCAAACAGUUUAACAACCAACUGCCUUAUUCACGUUGUUUCUUACAUUAUCAUGGGUGAUUUCUUUUAUUAAAAGCAAAUGCUUUUUAUUUCUUAUAAAGCUAUAUGAGGGUAAGAAGCUGUCACUAGCGUUUCGAUCGAAAUGUGUUCUAGUUUGAAUCUAGUUUUAACUUGAAAAUGGUUCUUGUUUGUUUUAAUAGCUGGUAAAUAGCUGAUGGAAGUAAUGGACGCCUAACCAAUUACGGCUUCUUUUUCUAUCCUUUUGUAUCAGUGAGUCAUAAUCACUGAUUGCAAUGAUACCGAUGGUAGGAAGCGAGUGUUUGAAGGUCCAAUACAGGGAUGUGCAACAAGCGGCCUGUGUGCCACAACGUGGCCCACCAAGCCAAAUUGUGUGGUCAAUUCUAAGAUUGUUCCUCAUCAAGCACAAAAUUCUAAUCAGAUAUGUUUAAAAAGUCGCUCACAUGGCUAAAAAUACAAGUUUUUUGCUCUUGUGGCUGUGUUAAAUCUUUCACCUUUAUGCCCAGUGCUAUUAUCUCUGCAAGGCUGAGCGAUAGCCACAUUCUCUUUGCUUGCCUUUUUAGCGGCAUUGUGUACAUGGUAAAACUAAAUAUUUUUGUGUGGCCCAACUGGGUGUGUGUAGUUGGUUAUAUGGGUCACCUACAAAAAAUGUUCUCUUAUGUAUCGUCUGAGGAAAGUCAACUUCCUCAGAUAAGCAGUUCACAACAAUGAAGCAGCACAUGCCGAACUACGGUUCCCGUACAUUUGAACCCAGGACAAUUGUGAAAUUUUUUUAUUUUGCGGAUAUUUGAACCCAUACUAACCCUAACCCAUGGGUUUCAGCACCCGCAUAUUGAUUGAACCCGCAGAUAUACAAAUGGGUUCAAAUGUACGGUGACCCGAACUACAGCUCCUUUCUCUCUGCCAUUAAGUGCAAAACUACUAUGAUAAGCAUUGAUGACUAUAUUGAGUGUUUUUUUUUCAAAGGGCUUGCAUGACUUAUUGUGAACUGAGGAAGUCUGGACUUUGAUUGUAUGAAAUCAUGAAAUUUUUAAAAAGAUCAUUUCCUCACAUGCUUACACUUACAAUAGCCAAAUUCAAAGACUGAAUUUCGGUUUCAUAGUGAUGUAAUAUAAAUAUCAAGAUUUUGUGCCUAUUUGAUAUUCUUAUUAGAAAUGCCUUUUAAUCCAAUGGUGCCUUCUGCUUUUAGCACUACAUGCCUUAUGGGCUUACACAACCGUUUUUUGCGGUUAAUUUGUAUUUUAUUAUUUAAUUUUUCCACAGAUUUGGGUGCAAGGGUCACCCACAUAUUCAUUGCUCUCCCUGCCUGGAGGCUGGGCCUCAUUUUUCAUCUUAUUUAUUUUUUAUUAUUAUCAUUUACUUGUUGUUUAAUGUAUGAAUGUAAAUAGCUGUCAUAAUGCCACUGCUCAAUUCCUCUGUCGCAUGAUGCCAUUCGCAAAAGUUUUUCCCGUUUAUCAUGAUUUUAACAGAAUAAUUCCUACUACCUGUCUAUUAUUGUUAUAAAGCUCUUCGGUGUAGACAUGUCACACCUUUACACACAGUUUUUAAAUUUCAUAUUGUAACAGUAUGUUGCAUUUGCAAUUACGUUGAUUGAUGACCUGAAGUCUAUGCCUAUUCCAAUCUCCCCAACAUAAGAUUUUAAUGUAAUUUUUGACUCCAGCAGCGUUGUCCGACAUAAUUCAACACCCCAAGUUUGUAUUUGUUAGUAGUAAAAGUGUAAGAUGGUAUUUUCAUACCUAUCAUGGAGAGAUAGAUUGCUUUGCCAACCAGAAAACAAGCAUUGCAACAACAAAAUCUGUACAGAAUACACAAAGGUAUUCGGUAUAGACUGGGAGAGCUAUACAGUCAUCGUAGAGUCAGCCCCCCCCCCAAAGGGAAACCAUACUGAAAUGACCUAUUUGUGUGUCAAAUUGCAAUAUAUAUAUAUGAUUAAAAUGUGCAUUGCUCGUUCGAUAAUAGAAGAGCAUUUAAUGCAACUUUGAACUGGUUUUAAAUACAGAAAGAAAUUUUCAAUAUUUUUCGAUGCUCGCUGAAUGAAUUUUAGAGCGUUUUCAGUGGAAUAUUCAACUUUUUAUUAAAUUUAGUCCUCCAUAAUAAUAAAAAGUGUAAUACUUUGUCAAUGCCUGACUAAAUAUGUUUUUCUCCUCUAAAAUCGAGGAGAGUCCUUUGGAUGGUUAAAAUUCUAGUGUAAUUUGCUUCAAAAUCUCAUGCAGUUGCAUAUUAUUUUCUGUACACCAAAAAAGCUUUUAAUAAAUGGAGUUUGUUGAG